CUUAACACAUUGCCUUCCUCACUUCUCACCUCACUAAUUCUAAUACCACUACUCCCUUCUUUUCCUGUUAGGCUUCAACCCCCUGCCUUCUAUUACAUCACCUUCACCAUAUUCUGCAUUCUUCUUUCAAUUACUCACCUCACCUACACCUUUCUCCUUUAUGUUCCUCUCAUAGUCCCAUUUUUUGAAAGCCAGCCCAAACGGAAAUUUAAAACCAGUAACCAUGAUUAAGACCUUGAGCCCUUACUCCACCAACACUGCCAAAACGGCGGAGAUUAUGUCUAGGUACAGGCCUAUAGCUCCGAAACCAGAAGCUCCUGUAAGCCCCAUGAGUGAGAGCCCGAAGAUCAGGCAAUCUCCUUACCUCAGGCACUUAUGGCCCCAGUUGCAGGCCAGGCCCACUAGAACCAGAAAGAGAGGUAGAGCGGCCAUAUCACCACCCACCAUCAAAAGAUCAAGGACCCAUUUAUUUGGGCUUUCUUCUCCCAGUCAUGUCUCAUCCCCUGCAAAAAAUCUAUCUUUGCAUGGUUUUGCUCAUGGGGUUCCUCUUUCAAACCUGGCUGCUGAUAGUGGCAGCUUGGAAAAUCCCACAGAAGCACCUUCAAGUUUGGUAACACUUCCUCUUCUUCCUUGCACUCCAUCGGUUACUAUUGUAUCCAACCAAAAAGCAGAGCCCAACAACCGUUUGGAACCACUCGGAGCAGUGAAGGUUAUAGACUUGAAUGCCGUUGCUGAAAUCCCAGAAGAGAAGGAUCUAUUGUUGCAACUGCAAGGACCUUCUAUCACCAAUAUUAUCGCGCCACAACCAGUUCGCCCAGUUGGAUCAAGCAUCAGCGUUGGGUACAUUAGUGAAGACCCGAGCUUAACACCUGCAGUACAAGUUCCUAAGAAACCCGAGGAAGUUGAGGAAGAGAUGGAGUCGGAGGUCCUACCAGCAGUCAUAUCGGAUUCGAAUAACAAAGUGAGGAUGGCUAAUUCUGCUUACAAAGAAAUGGUGGGUCAACCGGAAUGUUCGUGGCUGGAUUCGAUGGUGAAUUGUGAUGGAAAAUUUGGAGGUAGCUCAUGCAAAAGAAUUUGUGGUGAGGUGAUGCUUCAUUUUGCUGAAUCAGGGGUGCCGGUUUCGUCAAAUGGGUUUUCAUGCUGGGUAAGGAUAGAAUGGGGCAGUCAUGGCAAGAAGAACUCAAUCAAUGCUUUUUGUGAUGUAAUUAGAUUGUCUUGUGAAUCCAAGGACUAUCUCUUUACCUGGAGGUUCCACACCUAUAACAGAGACACUUCGCAGUCAAGUUGCAAUGCUUGAAUAUUUUAUUUUGUAUACAGACGUAGUUUAAUUAUAGACGGCGCCUUCGUUAAUAGCUACUAUGUGUAUACCUGAGACGACAUAAGUAUAAUUUUUGUUGUCUUCUUAUAUCUAGUAAUGUCGACUUUUUUUACAUAAAACUAAGACUCAAUCUAUAUU